AUGGAGCACAACGAAGAAGGAAAAAAGUUUAGUGCCGCAGUGGGCUUCGGAUCCCACAGCGACCGGCACGGGGAGGGUGUGGACCCUGCUCUCCCCGGGUCGUCAUCCGUCGAAGGGCCGACCGCUAGUUUGCCGGCGGGGCUAGCGGAGAAUGUUGCGUCCGCUGAUGACAUUACCAAGAGGAGACUGAGAUCCUGCACUAGCAGGACGAGUAUUGGCGACGACGACCUCGCCAUGGAUCUCGAGUCUUCCUCUACGAAAAUUUUUAGAGACGACGAUGGUAGCGACGACGACGCAAGGUCUUGUGCAUCUCCUGCGUCCAACAUAUCCUCUGCAACCUCUCGAUCGGUUGACAGAAAGAGAAAAAAUGACGAUCGCGAUUACUGUACAUCCGCCGGUAAGAAGAAACAACUAGAGGAUGGCUCCUCUACGGAAGCGCACGGCUUCAAGGAACCGGCUAAGUCCUUUUCAACCAGAGGUAAAAACCUUGGUAAAUUUCCAAAUAAGACGCAAAAAACAGAGGUAGAAUUACAAGGCAUGACUAUCGCGGAACUAAAGAGCUCUGCAUUAGAGUGGAUCGACCACGUUGAACAAAUCCGUAAAAGUAGUGGAAAUCUUCAAGGAAGACUCAGUGGUAUUAUAAAGGAUCGACUUAUCAGUCUAGGUGAUAUCGUUAAUUGCCUGGCUGAAAAGGCUGAAGAAAGAGGAGAUCCUAUCUACCACAAAAUGCAGUCAAAGGAGCUUAAUGCGAAAAUUAAGUGUCUAGAAAAAGAAGAAGCUAAAUGGAAGAUCGAGAAGAAUAGAUAUGAAGAUGAGAUCCUAGCUCUAACAAAGAAAAAUGAAGAAAUUGAGGCUAAGCUCUGGGCUGCAGAUAGAAAUUUAGAUGUAACGAAUAAGACUAUGAGUAAAAAGACUUUGGAGGACUUGGACAAGGAAUGGCCAGCACUCCGACCUCCACUUCAAGGAGUACGUAAAGUGCUAUCUUCCACCAACCCCCUAAUCCAAGCCCCGCCCCCAGUCAGCUCGGUCAAUCCUCAUAAGAGCUCGGAGGAUAUAGAGAUCGACAGUAUUACUAAGGAAAUUAAAAAGCUAAUGAUGAAAAAGAAGCAAAUGAUUAAAGAAAAAGGAAAGAAAUGUACUGACAGAGAGCAAGAAACAGAAACUGAGGAUGAGAAUAGGCCUCAAAGGAAAGGCAAGCCUAGGAUUAUUAGCAAUAUUCAAAUUGCUCCACCUAGGCCUUCGAAAAGAACUAGGAAAAAAGAUACUAAAGCUAAAGAUAGAGGAGAUCUACAGUCUGGAAAUAAAGGCUUCAAAGGCACUCCACCAAAAGAUAAGAGCAGCUCAUCUAGGAAUGACCGCAGCCAGACUAGAACUAAAAAGGUUCCUAAGACGGCAGCUGUCACCAUUACAGUGAAAGAAGGAAUCUCGUAUGCCGAGAUCCUACGACAGGCGAGGGAAAAAAUCUCCCUACCUACCAUAGGAAUCGACGCCUCUAAAAUUCGUAAAGGAAUCAAUGGAGGUAUAAUAAUAGAAAUUUCUGGUGAAGGAAAUACCACCAAAGCUACCAACUUGGCUAACAAAUUAAAAGAAAUCCUGCCGGAUAGAGAUAACGUUAGGAUAUCUCAACCAACUGCCAUGGCGGAUAUUAAAAUCUCAGAUCUCGACGACUCAGUCACCAAACAAGAGAUCGUGGAGAUCAUAGCAGAUCUAGAUAAAUGCAACCCUGAUACUAUAAAAGCAGGGGAUAUUAGAUGGAUGCCCAACGGCCUAGGCACCAUCUGGCUACGAUGCCCCGCCAGCACAGCCAAUAAUGUGGCGGCCUCCGGCAAGAUUAAAGUAGGCUGGACUGUGGCCAAAAUAGAGAUCCUACCAGCCAGGCCCCUGCAAUGUUACAGGUGCUGGAACUUUGGACAUGUGCGAUAUUCCUGCACAUCUACUGUAGAUCGUAGCAGUCACUGCUACAGAUGUGGUAGCAGUACGCACAGAAUCAGCAAUUGUACUGCGCCAAAUCCACAUUGCAUCAUUUGUGAAGAAAAAGGCAACAAAGCCAAUCAUCGACUAGGAUCCGCUGCCUGUAGCGCUAUCAACAACGCCAGCAAGAAUAGAUCACUCCCACGCAUUAGCAGGGAAGAGUUAGAGGCUAGGAAUAAAAGAAAUAUUUACAAUAGAGAAGACAGAAGAGAAGAAAAUAUUUACAAUAGGAAAGAAGAAGAUAUCUAUAACAGUAACGAUCCGGAUCGGAGGACGGAAAUGGAUCAAUAUAUGGUUGAACACGAGAUAGCUAUAGCUGUGAUCUCGGAACCAAUACACAUUCCGACAGACAAUUGUGCUAGCAGCUCAGAUCAAAAGGCUGCGAUAAUCUGGAAAUCCAACUUACUGAGAGCACAAUGUAGAGCUAUUUCCUCCGGCGAAGGUUUUGUAGCUAUAAUGUAUGGUCAAACCGUAAGUGGCGACUUUAACGCAAAGUCAACAGCUUGGGGCUCGACAUACACCUGUUCUAAAGGCAGGAUACUUGAGAAUUGGGCUAUUGCCAACGAGAUCAUCCUCAUGAAUAAGGGGAACGCCCCUACAUGUAUAAGACAACAAGGGAGCUCAGUCAUCGACAUCACAUGGACAAACUCCAGAGCUGUUGAUCUGAUACACGACUGGAGAGUCAAUGAGAACGCUAUGACAUACUCCGAUCAUAAUUAUAUAGAAUACAGUCUCGGAGAUAAAAGAAUAAACAAGGAGCUAUUGAAUAGACAGACUACCAACAGACUCCGUUAUCCUAGAUGGUCAUCUAAAGACUUUGAUCCAGAUAUGCUUGUAGAAACGGUGGAACACUACUGCAAAGAAUAUAUUAGCAAUAAUAAUCCGAACUCGACUAGUAUAGAUCCGGAUGAAUCGGCAACAUGGAUCAAGAAAAUUAUGACAGAUGCCUCUGAUAUGUCAAUGAAGAGGAUAAAAUUACAUCCUAAAAGAAGGCAAGUCCACUGGUGGAACUCCGAGGUUGAGGAUGCACGGAGAACUUGCAUUCAAAAGUAG